ACACUAUAAAUCGAUCCCUGAAUCGAUGCCUGUACUCCAUCUCAGCCAGAGGAGUAAGCAGAGUUGAUGGGGGAGCCGCAGCGGUCGGCUUGCCGCCAUGAGGACGGCCAGCUGGGUUGUACACCUACAACUGGGGCAGCCAUGGAGAAAAGUGGAAACAUUCAGCUGGAGAUCCCUGACUUCAGCAACUCUGUCCUGAGCCACCUCAAUCAGCUGCGCAUGCAGGGCCGCCUGUGUGACAUAGUGGUCAACGUGCAAGGACAGGCUUUCCGUGCUCACAAAGUGGUGCUGGCUGCUAGUUCGCCCUACUUCCGUGACCAUAUGUCAUUGAAUGAGAUGAGCACGGUCUCCAUUUCAGUCAUCAAGAACCCCACUGUUUUUGAGCAGCUCCUUUCCUUUUGUUAUACCGGGCGGAUAUGCCUGCAGUUGGCUGACAUCAUCAGUUACCUAACGGCAGCCAGCUUCCUGCAGAUGCAGCACAUUAUAGACAAAUGCACGCAGAUCCUUGAGGGAAUUCACUUCAAAAUUAACGUGGCAGAGGUUGAAGCUGAACCGAGCCAGACUAGAACAAAGCAUCAGGAGAGACCCCCAGAGUCUCACCGGGUUACCCCAAAUCUAAACCGCUCUCUGAGCCCACGCCACAAUACUCCGAAAGGGAGUCGUCUAGGCCAGGUCAGCACUGUGCUGGACAUUCGGGAGCUGAGCCCCCCUGAGGAGUCCACCAGCCCUCAGAUAAUUGAGCAGAGUUCAGAUGUGGAGAGCAGGGAGCCCAUACUGCGGAUUAACAGAGCAGGACAGUGGUAUGUUGAGACAGGAGUGGCAGACCGUGGGGGACGGAAUGACGAUGAUGUUAGGGUGCUUGGAGGAGUGCGCAUUAAAACGGAGAACCUGGAGGAGUGGCUGGGAACGGAGAAUCAGCCAUCGGGAGAAGAUGGGAGCAGCGCUGAGGAGGUCACGACCAUGGUAAUUGACACAACAGGCCACGGAUCGAUGGGCCAGGAGACUUACACAUUAGGGUCAUCAGGAGCCAAAGUGGUUAGGCCAACCAGCAGUGAGAUUGACAGAUUUAGCCCUUCGGGCAGCAUGGUUACUGUAACUGAGCGGUACAGAUCGAAAAGUGAGUCUCCCGGGCGGAUGGAUGAGCCUAAGCAGCCCAAUUCCCAGGUAGAGGAGUCCGCCAUGAUUGGAGUGAGCGGUUAUGUUGAGUAUCUCCGUGAACAGGAAGUGUCUGAGCGGUGGUUCCGGUACAACCCGCGGCUCACCUGCAUUUACUGUGCCAAAUCCUUCAACCAGAAAGGCAGUCUAGACCGGCACAUGCGUCUCCACAUGGGCAUCACGCCCUUCGUCUGCCGCAUGUGUGGUAAAAAGUACACCCGCAAGGAUCAGCUGGAGUACCACAUCCGCAAGCACACAGGCAACAAGCCCUUUCAUUGCCACGUUUGCGGCAAGAGCUUCCCCUUCCAGGCCAUCCUCAACCAACACUUUCGCAAAAACCACCCUGGCUGUGUGCCUCUGGAGGGGCCGCACAGCAUUUCCCCCGAGACCACCGUCACCUCCAGGGGGCAGGCCGAGGAAGAGUCUCCCCCGCAGGAGGAAGCUGUUGUGGCAGGGGAGACGGCACAGGGAUCUGUGUCCACCACCGGGCCAGAUUGAAACGGGCUGUGGGGGAGGACCCUCUUCCCGUUUGGCUGUAAGCAGUCAGCACCGAGAUGGCGGGCUGGUACUGGAAUCAGUGCAAUGCCACCAUCGGAUGGGAUGUUGCCAAAACAGAAGAUUAACAAAAACAAAGUGCUAAAAGCUUUUCCCCUUUUCCUCAUCUCCUUGGGAAAAAACAAAACUGGGUCAAUUGACUUCUGAUUCAGGGAUCGACGGGAUUUUUUAAUGUUUUUAAUGUAUUCAGUAGCGAUCCAGGAGAAGCAGUCAUUUUAUUUCUUGACAGCAUUUUGGCUCAGCACCUCGGUCUCUGUGGUGGUGUUGGCUGUAGUGGCCCUAAUGCAGUGAGUGCAGUGCACAGGUGUCUGUCUUCACAACAGCUGCCGCUCCAUCACAUGAGGCAGCAGGGGCAAGGAAUACUCACCCUCCCCUUUUCCCAGGUAGUUGUCAUGUUAAAGAAAUCUCACUCUCCUAGUGGAUCUUGCCCUGCCUGAGUGUAUUUAUCCUGUCUUAUUUUGGUGUGUCUCUUUUAAAAUUUUAAUUAAACCAUUAUUUUAGGGCUUUCUGCUUGCCCUUUCCAGGCAUAUGGCAUUCUGCCCACUUGUUAAAAGCAGGCAGCAACCUUUGAGCAGUAUUCUAGAGGUCAGCAAAAUCUGAAGCGCUUAGGCUACUGAAAGUAAAAUUAGCAGCUGUGAGGUUUGCAUUAGACUCGUCGACAUUUUUUGAGGAGGGGAUUUGGGACAGGCUGCACUUAUUGGUGCUAGUAUUAAUAGCACAGAGCAUUCCAACUUCCUGACUGGUUUCUGCACACUGCAGUGCUUCACAUGUUGCCAAGAGUUAGGAAGAGGUUUCUUGUCUGGAUGAAUUGACAAGCAAGAGGCUGGCUACCUAAGUCAUCAUUGGCAUCCCUUGCACUUGGUCUUACAUAACAGCAAUACUAUAUAUUGAAACAGUCCAAUCCCAGUGAAAUUAUCAUGGGUUGUUGUUUUAACUAUGUCUCCAUGUACUAGUUUGAUAAGUUUAUAUAAAUCAAAUGCAAAAAAACCGACACAAACUCCUCAUAAUGGUUCAGGAAAUUCAAAGCUGCUGCUCCUACAAUAAUUGUAACUCUGUCCCUUGCACAUAUUAUAUUCCAAGUAGCUCUGAAGUUAAGGGUAAGUGUAACAAACCCAGAGAGACAUGCCUGCAUCAUGUCUCAGACAUGUUUGCACGUGUGUAUGUGUUUAUAAAUUAAAAAAAACAGUGCAGGUACAUAGGUGCAAAUUCAAAAGAGCAAAUGUCUUGAUGCCCUUUUAAAAAGUCUUUAAAGAUAUGCAGUAGUUUAAGAGUUGGCUUUGGUGCUGGGUUGUAUGUAAGUGCAAAUAGGAAUGAACUGCUGGUCCUACUGCUUUCGGAGCUUGGAAUUGGGGAGGCUGCGUGUCUGAAGGAAGCCUGUCUUCCGAGGGAACAUAGGCCUGGUCUACCCUGGGGGCAGGGAGGUUGACGUAAGAUACACAAGUUCAGCUACGGGAAUAGCGUAGCUGAAAUCAACGUAUCUUAUUUCGACUUACCUCCCGUCCUUACAGCGCGGGAUCGACAGCCGUGGCUCCCCUGUCGACUCCGCUUCCGCCUCUCUCCCUGGUGCAGUUCCGGAGUUGACAGGAGCGUAUUCAGGGAUCGAUUUAUUGCGUCUAGACGAGACACGAUAAAUCGAUCCCCACCCACCGGAUCCGGUGGGAUAGUGUGGAUGGGGGAAGAUGAACAUCAGGCUAGUGGGAGGAGCAAGGAGGCAUCUGAAAAACAGUGUAAACAUUAGCACAGAAUUGACGGACAGGAGACCUCAGUUUUAUUCCUUUCCCUCCUAGUGACUUGGGGUACAUCUACGUUCCAAAAAAAGACCUGUGGCAGUGAGUCUCAGAGCCUGGUCAGUUGACUCAGGCUAGCAGGGCUCAUGCUGCAGAGCUAAAAAAUAGCGAUGUAGAUAUUUGGGCUCAAACUGGAGCCUGGGCUCUGAAACCUGGCAGAGGGAGAGUCUUGGAUCCUAGGCUUCAGCCCGAACCCGAUCAUCUACACUGCUGUUUUUAGCCCCAUAAUGCAAGCCCGAGUCAGUUGACCCAGGCUGUGAGACUUCUUGCGACAGAAUUUUGUGGUUUGCUUUGUAGAUGUACCUUACAGUGUAACCUUGGGCAAACGAAGCCUUCCUGUGCCAGUUUCCCUAUCUGUAAAAUGAGGAUAAUAAUACUUCCCUACCUCACAGUAUGCUUGGAUGGAAGAAUCUCUAGAAGGGCAAAGUAUUAUUAUCCAAUCUCCUUCUGUGUAAUACAAGGGUCACACUCCCUCCUCCACUUCUUUCCCAGCUAGCGAAGGCUGUGGUAGUGUGGCUGUGGGUUUGCAAUGUAGGGGAGGCGAAUUGGAAUAGGCAGUUUGAAUCUGGUGGUGCCAUGAUAGAAUGCAAUGAGGAUGCUCUCUCAGAAGGAAGCUUUGGGGAUGUUCUGAGGUAGGAUAGUUGCAAAAUACAGUUCUGUUGAUUACAGUAGAUCCUCAGAGUUAUGAACACCAGAGUUAAAGCCACAAGUACACAAUCAAGCAGCAGCAAAGACAAAAGAAAAAGCAAAUACAGUACUGUGGUAAAUGUAAACUACUAAAAUAAUAAAGGGAAAGCAGCAUUUUCUUUUUGCCUAGUAAAGUUUCAAAGCUAUAUCAAGUCAAUGUUCAGUUGUAAACUUUUGAAAGAACAGCCAUAAUAUUUUGUUCAGAGUUACGAACAUUUCAGAGUUAUGAAGAGCCUCUAUUCCCAAAGUGUUCGUAACUCUGAGGUUCUGUUGUAUCUAAAACGUAGACAUUGGUGCCAUACCACCUGUCAAGUGGCAGAAUAAGACAGUGAAAGCUGUUCUAAGCAGUCACCCCCAGGACCAUCAAAAGUCAGCGACCUAGUGAAGGUCAGACAAAAUAGGACCGGAAAAUUUAAGAGUGUUUGAAAGUGGCCAAAGAAGAAAGGAGAGAGGUGGUUGUUAGUGCGGAUUUCUCCAGAAUCAAGGCAAGAGGGGAUGUGGGAUGCACAGAAUAUGCUGCUUUAGUCAUAGCUUUAGAACUUACCAAAAAAACCCCAAACUAUCCUGUUCACACUAGAGAGCAUCAGAAAAUACUUUUAGUUACCUACAAAAUUUUAAGUGUUUAAAAUAGAACUUUUAAAAUACUACCAACUGUAAAACAUAAAAUUAUUUAUAUACAUAUACAUAUAUAUAUAUAUAUAUAUAUAUAUAAUAUAUAGUGGGAAAGUUUCCCUGCUGAGCUUGCUGUGAAGAGAAGGGUGAAGGUGCAGUAACUGCUAUACAAGCAAAAUUUCUCCGAAGCCGAUGGCAACAAAUCCAUCGAGAUUAAGCGAUGAAGGGCUGAAAUGAAAUAGUGAAUGCCUUGUUCGUAUGGCAUGGCUGUGAGUUUCUUGAAUAGGUUUUUACUGUAUUGAUACUGUGAACAGAGGAGAUCCCAGUAAUCUAGGAUCAUAUCAGCAUCUCCUUGCUUGCUGAUUCACUCCUCUUAAUUGGCCUGGCGAGAGCCAUGAAAUUGUUUUUUUACUAUUAGCCUAGGCUAGUCUAAAAAAUAAACAAUAAUAAAGCUUGUGAAAGAAUUUUUUGUAUGUGUGCAGCACUUGCCGUUGUACAAGCAGCCAUUUCUGAUUGCAUGUGAAAGAGCCAAUAUUCUUGCCCAGGCCUCGUUGAGGUGAAGUUUAUAGCUUGUAGCUAGGAUAAGUGUAAAAUAUGGGAGUGGGGAUCAUUAAUACUCUUUCUGUACAUUUACUGAAUGUGAAUGUGUGUAUAUUUGUGUGUGUGGAGAUCCUGGUGUCUCUAGUGCUUUCUCUAACAAUGCUGAAAGCUAUCUAUGCUAGCAGUUUGAGAACCAGGUCAGAAGGGGCCGUUUUUGAAAUAAUCAUCACUAAUGUUUCAGUUUUCUAGUGAAAACGAGGCCAAGAUGGGAGAAUAGGCAAGACACCAGUCAUUUCUACAAUAGAAAAACUACUCAUUUUUUAGCAAGGGUGCAGGUGCUUUGAGCAACUUUUCAUGACACAGUGAUAAAAACUUUAGGCUGGUGUAUAUUGGCAGUCAUACCUUUGUUGCACCUCCACUGAUGUGGAAAAGGGAAAUAUUUUUCUAGUAUAGACAUAUCCUGGAUUGGCUGGGGGCCUGGCUUUGCAUUUCAGUGUGUAACUGCAACUUUUCACCUUUGCCAAACUCUGAUUUCAACCGUGAUUUAAAGGGGGAUGUGCAGAGAAGAGCUCUGUCGUACAGUGUAUUAAUACUUCUGUAAUUAACAUUUUUGUUAGAGCUUCAGAACUAGGGCUUAAAAGCCCACUUGCCGACGUGCCCCUGGCAAGAGAGGAACAU